AUGCCUAUGCUUCGCAAUCCCUCCGAUAAAUACGAUGCUUUCAUCCCUCCAGACCUCCCAGAUAGGACAUGGCCGUCCAAGCGGAUCACAAAGAGACCGCGUUGGUUGGCGACGGACCUUCGUGAUGGGAAUCAGGCACUUGCUUGUCCAAUGAAUGUAGAACAAAAAUGGGAGUAUUUUAAAAUGCUCCUACGAGUUGGUUUCACUGAGAUCGACAUCUCAUUUCCCAGUGCAUCUGACACAGAAUUCAAUUUCACUCGUAGUGUCGUUGCUUCUGCACCUUCAGAUGUGUGGCUUCAAGUCCUAUCGCCAUGUCGAAAAGAGCUCAUUCGGCGCACGGUUGACAGUGUCACCGGCGCAAAGAAGGCCAUCAUCAGUCUUUACAUCGCCACUAGUGACAGCUUCAUCCAAACCAUGUUCGACUCGACACAAGAGGCUGUCUUGCGCACUGCAGUCGAAUGUGUCGAGUAUACCAGAUCCAUCACGAAAGAUGAUCCAACCCAGCAAGGGACCACCUGGAACCUGAUGUUUAGCCCUGAGGCAUUCUCAGACACAGAUUCUUCUUAUGCAAUCGCUGUCUGCGAAGCUGUCAAAGAGGCAUGGGGUCCAUCAGAAGAUAUCCCCAUAAUCCUCAAUCUCCCCGCCACCGUGGAGCGCUGCACACCCAACACCUACGCAGACCAGGUGGAGAUUUUCGCGCGUGCGUUCACGGGCAACGACGUCGUGGUAUCUUUGCACCCGCAUAAUGACCGAGGCUGUGCUGUCGCGGCGACAGAACUUGGUCAGCUGGCUGGAGCUACGCGCGUCGAAGGGUGCCUUUUUGGUAAUGGCGAACGCACCGGUAACGUUGAUCUCGUCACCCUUGCACUCAAUCUAUACAGUCAAGGAGUUGACCCGGGACUCGACUUUUCUGAUCUGCCUGAAAUUCGGAAAACGGUUGAAAAGAUCACUCAGAUCCCCGUUGCCGUGCGCGCCCCUUAUGCCGGCGAAUCCGUAUUCACGGCUUAUAGCGGGUCACAUCAGGACGCCAUAAACAAAGGGUUCAAAAAGUGGCGAGACGCUACAUCACUGGACGGUCGCGGGACCUGGAAAGUUCCUUACCUUCCUAUAGACCCGGAGGAUAUUGGGGCUACUUAUGAGGCUGUCAUUCGGAUCAAUUCGCAGAGUGGUAAAGGAGGUGUGGCAUGGGUGCUGCAGCGAACCUUGAACCUGGAGUUACCCAAGGAGUUCCAACAAGAGUUUUCGAAAAUCAUCAAAUCCGAGUCAGAGAUGAAGGAGCGAUGGCUGACAGAGGCUGAAAUCACACAAUCGUUCCUUCGACACUACUCCAUCUUGGAGAUGGAUUCUCGCAUUAUUGCGUGUGAUGUGUCACCCACGGCAGAUGGUACAGGCCGUGUUAUCAUGCGCGCCAUCGUCUUGGUCUGGGGUCACCAGCGGGAAGUCGUGGCGGUGGGUGAAAAUGCAGCAGAUGCCGUCUCGUUCGCAUUUUCGUCUUUGGCAGGGCUGAAUUUGGAGUAUGAAGUUGUCUCGCGCAGCAUUCAGGGUAGCCUAGGGGAACCUCUGGUUAUUGCACUGGUCAAGUGCCGGAAUGUAUGGCGUGCUAGGGCUGCUCAACGUGAAGAUGUUGCUAUCGCUAUGGCGUGUCUCUCCUCUGCUCUGGAUCUGCAAGAGGAGCUCCCCUCCAACCGACAAUUCUUGAGACUUCUGCCAAUCGUUCAUGUUACCUGA